UCAACGUCAAAAGUAAAUAUACUUGGAUGCGCUUUGGCGGGCAAAAGUAAACGAAAUAGUUUUGUUUGUAGCAGAUAUUAAAUCUUUUAAAUGUUAUUUAUAUCUCUGAAAUUAUAGAAAAAUGGCGCUUAUGAGUUCAUUUGAUGGAAUAAUUGAGGAAAUACCAGGUAUAGCUGUGGACAAUUUCGAGCACCGUCAUUUGGAUUCUCGUGCUUUUUUUCUCAGUCAUUAUCAUAUGGAUCAUGUCCAAGGCUUAGAUACAACAGAAUUGGCCGAUAGUUUAAAGAAAACAAAGGCUUUUAUUUAUACAUCAGAAAUUACUGCUAUUAUUAUAAACCAUGUGAUGAAAGGUUCUAAAAUUUUAAAAUACGUGAAACCGUUGGGACGAGAAACAACAUUAAUAACUUUGCCCGGUAAGCCAAAUAAGCAACUAAAGAGGUUAUUUGUAGAGGUGACCUUGAUUCCCGCAGGGCACUCGUUUGGGUCCACAAUGUUUCUAUUUAAAACAACAGAGAAAACUGUCUUAUAUACCGGUGACUUUAGAAUAAGAAUAAACGAUAUAUCGAAAUAUGGAAAACUUCACAAAAAUAAUGAACCAAUAAAUAUUGAUGCGAUGUACGUUGAUACGACUUUUCUUAGAGAAAAAUAUGAAGAUUUCGCAAAAAGGAGUGAUACCGCGGACACUGUUAUUGAUGAAAUAGAGAAAUGGCUUAAGAAAGACAAAAAUAAUGGUGUUUCUAUAUAUAUGUAUGCGAAUUAUACGUUUGAAUUUAUAUUAAAUAAGAUAUACCAACGUUUGAAGAUGAAAGUGUAUAUUAACGACUACAAAUGGGAAUUUUACAGAAAUAUAUUACAUUUAGUACCAAGCGUUACUAACGACCCUAAUGAAACUAAACUACAUCUUUGUAGUAAUAAGUACGAAAGUGAAAAUCAUUAUAAAUGUUUCACAAGAUUUCAUGCAAAAAGAUCAUAUUUACAUAUACAUUUAACCGCUCAGAAAUGGUCAGAUUACAAAAUCGACCAAUCACCGAUAUCGCGGAAAUCAGAGAAAUGUUUCGACGCGUGUUUUUCAACGCAUUGCUCUAGAAAUGAGAUUUUACAUUUCGUUGCGUAUUUUAAUCCGUCGAAAAUAAUAGGUUUUCCUAAUGAGUAUGUGCAACCGGAUGAUAAUAGCGACGAGGAAUUUGUUCUGACACCGAAAAAAAGUUCGAAAAGAAAGAGACGGAACGAUGAUAUCUAGUUUUAGUAAAGUAAAAAAUAUAUUGUAAAAAAAUAUACAUAAAAUAUAUAAAAAAGCAUUAUCUUAUUAAACAAUAAGU